CCCCCUACCUCCGAAACCACAGGACUACAAAUCCCACAAUGCCACGCGAGCGGGCGCACUUCCUUUUCCGGCUGCACAAGGCGCCUGCUCCUGCCGACGUGUUAUUCCUGUGGCGGAGCGGUGGAUUACCCUGUGCCUGGCAAGAUGGAGCUCGAGGCCAUGAGCAGAUACACCAGCCCAGUGAACCCAGCUGUCUUCCCCCAUCUGACCGUGGUGCUGUUGGCCAUUGGCAUGUUCUUUACCGCCUGGUUCUUCGUCUAUGAGGUGACCUCCACCAAGUACACUCGGGAUAUCUACAAAGAGCUCCUCAUCUCCUUGGUGGCCUCGCUUUUCAUGGGCUUUGGAGUUCUCUUCCUGCUGCUCUGGGUCGGCAUCUACGUGUGAGCUCCCAAGGGUUCCAGCCCGGCGGCUUCACUGAACCCCUGCUUUUGUAAAUUAAUUUUUUUACCGUUGCCACAAGCGUCCCCCACCUGCUCACAAUAAAGGCAGAUGUGUGACC